GUGAUCAUUACAAUUCCCUCAGUGUUGUAAGACGAGCCUUUCAUCCGUGUUCGUGGAUGGGACAUAAAAGGACCCCAUGCAUAUUCUCUCAUUCCCUUUCUACUCAACACGUUCACCCGAGCCUCUGGGAAAACGUAUGAAUUUAGAAAAUCAAUUCGCAAACUAGUCUACGUCUUGCAUACAAAGUGCAAUUUUCACUUCAAAUUCACUCUUUAUCGGGGGUGUAUCUAGUUAAUACAUUUAAUUAGUCUUACAGCUGCUGUUCAUCUGGCCUCACCAAAGACCGGUCUGGAGAAGUGAGCGUGCUGACUCUUACAUCACCGAUUCCUGCCGCGCGUGGAGAAUGUGGUUGUUCUUCUUUGCCGCGUUCACCGCUGUGGUAGCUGUUGGCGCGGCCCUUAUCAUUUACAGGUUAUUCAAAAAGCCCCCCAUCUUCACUCAGGAGUGUCUUCGGCCGCCUGCCCCUCUUGUGAUGGACCAGAAACAGAGAGACCAGGUGCUGAAGAAAGGUUUCCAUAGAGAUCGCAUUCCGGACCACUUGGAUGCAGUUGUCAUUGGCAGCGGUAUCGGAGGCCUGUCGGCAGCAGCUGUGCUGGCUAAAGCUGGGAAGAGGGUUCUAGUGCUGGAGCAGCAUGACCAGGCUGGUGGAUGCUGCCACACCUUUGAGAACCAGGGCUUUGAGUUUGAUGUGGGCAUCCACUACCUGGGGCAACUGCAUGAGAACAGCCUGCUGAGUGUGGCGCUGGACCAGAUCACUGAGGGCCAGUUGCAGUUCGCCCGCCUGGAGCAGCACUUCGACACGGUGGUCAUCGGACAGGGCGAGGGCCGCAGGGAGUACCACGUCGUCUCGGGGAAGACGGAGAUGCACGAGUGCCUGAGCAAACAGUUCCCAGAAGACACGAAGGCCGUGGACGAGUUUAUGAAACUCAUGAAGCUGUCGGCCCGUCACACCCCUCUCUUCGCCAUGCUGAAACUGCUGCCCCUGUGGCUGACGCGACUGGUCAUCCGCUGCGGGCUGCUGGGCCUCCUCUCCCCCGUCUUCGGCCUCUCCUCCACCAGCCACUCUCUGCUCAUGUCCAGCCUGACCCACAACAAGGACCUGCACGUCCUCUCGGCAUACCUCUUCUAUGGUGUGCCGCCAAAAAAUUCCAGUUUCCUCAUGAAUGCACUACUCCUGCAUCACUAUAAGCGAGGGGCUUACUAUCCACAAGGUGGCGCCAGCGAGUUUGCCUUCCACAUCACCCCAGUGAUCCAGCGAGCUGGAGGAUCCGUACUGGUUAGAGCUCCAGUCCAACGCAUCCUGGUCAGCCAGGAGGGCUCUGCAUAUGGGGUGACCGUACGAAAAGGUGAAGAGGAAGUUGAGGUGUUAGCCCCAGUAAUCAUCUCAGAUGCUGGCAUGUUCAACACUUUUCAGAAAUUCCUUCCUUCAGACGUGCAUGCCAAACCAGAAGUGCGGAGGCUGCUAAGCAUGGUUCAGCAUGGAAUGGGCUCCUUUCUGGUGUUUGUGGGUCUGGAUGGUACAAAGGAAGAGCUCGGUAUCGUCUCCACUAGUUUCUGGAUGUACAAGCACAAUGACCUGGACCAGCUAAUGGAGAAUUACAGUUCUUUUAGUAGAGAGGAAGUACUGGGAAACAUCCCAAUGAUGUUCAUAACUUUCCCAUCUGCCAAAGACCCAACGUCCAGCAUUCGCCAUCCAGGGAAGUCCUGUAUGACACUGCUGACCAUGGCCAAGUAUGAGUGGUUUGAGGAGUGGGAGGACACCAAGCUGGGCCGGAGAGGCUUGGACUACGAGGACUUUAAAACGUGCAUGGCCAAGGAGCUGCUGGAGUGGGCUCUUCAGAUGUUCCCCCAGCUCAGGGACAAGGUGGUGUUCAUGGACGCUGCUACCCCACUGACCAACGUCCACUACCUGGGAGCCCCGCGCGGAGAGAUGUACGGAGCGGAACACAAUCUCGGCCGCUUCAGCCCUGAGGUCGUGGCCAGCAUACGAGCCCAGACGCCGGUCAGAGGGCUCUUCUUAACAGGCCAGGAUGUGUUCUGUAACGGGAUGGCCGGCGCACUGCACGGCGGCCUCAUGUGUGCCUCGGCUGUUCUGGACCGCAUCCUCUACAUCGACCUGCUAAUGCUGAAGAAAAAGCUGAAGAAGCAGCGAGCCCUGAAGAGGAGGACAUAGAGCUUAGCCUUUACACACCCAUUUCUAACAUGGCAAGAGCCUGACCAGGGCUGACUGGAUCGGCUAGUUUUUCCCCUGAAAAAAGAAAACCUUCUCCAUUAAUGGCUACUCGUCAGCCUGUCUUGCUCCCCAUUUAAGGUCCAGUUUGAGAUUUGUGUCGUUUGAAUGGUAUGAAAUCAAUGGAUAUUAAAUAACCACACUUUCACAA